AUGAAGAUGAUGAAGAAGAUGGAGGCUGAGGAAGUGGUGGAACACAAAGCUGGGGUCCUGCUGCAUUCUCAGCAACAAGUGCAUGAUCAGAAGCACCAACAUGGUCUAGUCUCAUGUACAACUGCACCUUCUACUACUGUCAAGCAGUACGGCCGCAGGAGGGCCUGCAAGCGCAAAAGACUCCAAGAUGUAACUGCCACUUCUUUUGCUUACCCAUCUCAUCAGAUUGGAGAAAACCGAAAGUAUGGAGGUAUUGCAAUCAGAAAUGAUCCACGAGCAACUUCUUCAUUUCUUCAACAAAUGCCAGAAAGACGAGCGCUCGAGCUUGUCCUUGAUAUACUGCAAAGGAGAGACACACAUGCAAUAUUUGCUCAGCCAGUUAAUCCUCAAGAGGUGGAGGGCUAUCACAAAAUCAUAAAACAGCCAAUGGAUUUUGGCACAAUGAGGGCUAAACUUCAGCAUGGAAUGUAUACAAGCUUAGCACAAUUUGAGCGUGAUGUGUUUCUAGUUUGCAGCAAUGCAAUGCAUUUUAAUGCACCCACUACCAUAUUUUAUAGAGAGGCACGUGGUAUGCAUGAACUGGCACAGAAGGUUUUUCAUACUCUGAAAACUAAUCCACAGAAUUUUGGGUUGGAGGUCUCUCAAGCAAGAAGACGGCCAGGGUCUAGAGAUGGCUUUGAAACAGAAAAGUGUCAAACAUAUCGGCCUUGUACCCCUUUUGCCAGUGGAAAUGAGGCACUAGUUUCAUCAGUCUACAGUGCCUCAAAACCAAUUGUUCAUAUUACUAAUGCGGACCUUGAUUACAAAAAAAGUCUGAUGCGGUUUGCUAAAGAGUUGGGACCAAUGGCUCAAACGGUUGCCAAUAGGAAAUUGGAGCAAUAUCUGCAGAUUGAAGCUUCACAUAAUCAAUCCCAGAGUACUCCAAUACUCCCUCCGGCAAUGACUCCAAAUUAUCAAGUUCCUGGACCAUCUCUCAUGCAGCCUCCUGCUUCUCUGGGUGGUGUUAACAAAGGCAAAAUGCCUGAGACUCAGAGUGUCCUCCAUGACUUUCCUUGGGACUUGAAUGUCAAUGCCUGCGCCAACAUGCCAUUGAACAUUCAUAGUGAUCCCUCCAAAGAACAAAGCACCCACUCCAGCAGUCACAGGAUUAAUAUCAAAGAUGGUGCCAACAAAGGAAAGAUGGUUUGCAGAGACAUGAGCAGAAUGGACCUAAAUAGAACUUAUCUAAGAGGCGUGGUGCCCCCAUCUCACAGAAUGAGAAUUGGAAGCAAUCCACCAAUUGAAAACGCUCACUUCAAUAGCACAAAAGGUGUUAAGAUUGGUUCCUCAGCAGAAAUAGCUGCCAACAGACGUAAAGAUGGGGACUUUUUGGUUCCAAAUUCUAAAGGCAAAGGGAAAAUGGUCAGUACUAAUGAUAACAACAUGGACCAUCUUCCUGGGAAAACUGCUCAUCAAAAUCAAAACCAACAGCUUGGGUUAGGCUCACAUUUCCCAUUUGCUGGAAAGGAAAAUAUGAGUAGUAAUGCUGGGAAUUAUGGGGUCACAAACAUGUGCAGCAACUACACGAAUGUGAAGAUGAUGAUGAUGCCAGUAUCUACACAAGUAGGUAACCAGGUGCAGCCAAGUCAAUUGGGGGAAUUACAGUCAAAGCUGAUGGAUUUGAUUUCAAAAAGCCCAUAUUCAGACACAUCUUUCUUGCAUCCACAAGCUGCAAAGUUGUUGUCUCAACCCAUCACUUCCUUGCCUUGUUUAGGCACACAGAAUGAGGGUGGAGUUUACCCUGCGGCACAGCCUAGUCACUUGGUGGGGUGGAGCCAACACUCAAACCAGAGUGAAUUUCCAAAUAUGCAAAUGCAGGUUAACAAGGGCAAAGACCCUGAUAGUGGCGCAAUACUACACCAACCAUCAAAGCUUGUAGCAGCUCAGAAAAUGGCUUUAUUACAUGCAAUGAGUUUCUAUGAAAAAGAAACUCCUGAAGACCGGCAAGCCGUGGAGGCCAGUGAUGCCAAAAAGCUUGAUUUAGCUCUUCAGCUGUGAAUCAAGCAUGGACUCCUAUUUUAAAAAACUUUGCAAGAGAAAAAAGAGACAUAUGUUGGUGUCUCAGUCUUUUUCCUAGAACAAAAGAACAUGUCUGCUUCCUUUGUUUAUGUUUCUAUGUCCCAUGCUUGUUUGCUGAGUGCAAGGACACUCCAAUAUUUAUAACAAGUCUCAGUGUCUCAAAAACUAAUUUUGGAAAUAUGUUCUUCUUUUC